AAAACGGAGAUGGUAGAGGAUUUUAUACCUCAAACACUUCGAAUGUUUUUGGGCUAUUCUCACUCUUUUGACUAGAAAACUACUUACAUUUAAUUUGUAAUAAUUUUUUGCAACCAAAGGCCAAUUUAAGACUUUUUGAACGUUUUAAUUUAAAUUGAGUUUGACUUUUUAGUUUGUCAACAAGCGCGAAACUAAGCAGAGUUCUGCUGGUGGAUGAGAAAGACCAGCAGGUGGCAGUAUGUGAGGUGGUGUUACAGAUGCCAACUGUCGUGAAAGACCAAAGCAAAAGAACCAACGAGGUUCUGCAGCCUCUGAAAAUGAAUUCUGCCAAAGUUGUACAGAGGAAGAAACAGGACCUUCCUGCCGUUGGGCCAAGGUCAAUGGAGACGGAGCAAAGCACAUCUAAGAGCAAAUCUAAAACUCUGGAUCUCAACAAUGUGCUGCGUCUUCUUGAAGGUCAUUUGACGGCUAACCUGAAGGAGAGGCACAUGCUCGUCCUGUGGAAGCUGCUGAAGAGAAACCAAAUUGGUUUUCUCUUAAAGGACCUCUCAGGAAUAGCCAAAAUCCUCAACAUCUGUGCUGACAAAGGGAAAGAUCAGCCCGACUACUGGCAAAUUCUGCUGGAAGCCGUUAAAAUCUGUCGGCUCCCUUUCCUCAAAGAGAGAACGUCCGAUGAGCUGAACUACGCUCAGGAAGGCAUUGACUUCAUCUCCAACUUGGGGUGUCUCAUGAGGGUCCCAGAGGCUGAGAUCAGGCAGCAGAUCCUGGAAUCUGUCAUUUCUUUAUACAGCAGUGUAGACGAACAGAUCCGCGACGGUAUGGACUCAGCCUCCAAGUCAAAGCCUGGGACUUUACCCUCUUACAGAUUUACUUUACUUACGCUAAGGCUCCAGCAAACAUCUCCAGGCUACAGGCUGCAGCUGCUGGAGCUGAGUGACAUGGCACAGUCGCUGGUCCUCUCCAUGUCCACUCUGGAGGACCAGCCCAGCGUCAGGCUGCAGCUCCUGAAGACACUUAAGGUGCUGUCGGGAUUCUCUGACAGGAACUGCUCUUUGAUGCUGAACGCCCGUGGAGCAGAGGUCAUCUGUCUUCACAUGAACGAGGACGACCCGACGGGUCAGGUGCUUUUAAGCUCAGCAGAAAUCCUCUGGAACCUUCUGGAGAGAGGCUGCAAGGACAAGGUCACCACUCAGCUCAGCAGCAUGGAGUGUGUUAUAUCUCUGAAGGAGGCGUUCUUCUUCCAGCUGCUGAACAGCUCACACCCAUCUGACCUCCAGCUCAGGAACGACCUGCUCGUCAUCACAACCCUCAUCGCUGAACAUCCAAACUCCCGACUUGUCGAGAGUUUCUUCGCCAAAGAGCUGAUGCCUUUCAUCACAUUUCCAGAACUGAAAACUCUGGAUCCUCUGGUCCAGAACCUGAAACUUCGCUUCAACCAUGAAGAUUUAAAAAUGAAGAAGAUGAUGUUGAACCUGUUGGUGUUGAUGUCGAAGGACUUAGCAGCUCUGCAGAUUUACAAAGAAGGGAGGGUGAUUCUGGCCCUGCUGACACUGGCAGAGCCGCCCAAAUCCACCACCGAGCUGCGGUCCACGUCACGACACUGGUCCUCCGUCCAGCAGGAGGACCUGCAGCUCCAGGCGUUAGCCACACUCACCACCAUCGCUCCGCUCAUGCUGGACGACUACAUGUCCUACCAGGGAAACGCACGGCUGCUGCUCCUGCUGGACUGGUGCACGGGGAAAGAUGUUUUCUUUGGUCAGGGACACAGUUUCCACGGCAGCGGAGGCAAAGGCAGCAAAAAGUCUCAAAUGCGUCACUGCAUCCGAGUCCUGAGAUCUGUGACGUCUGUGGGUGAGGAGACCGUCAACCAGGACCUGUGUGACCAGGGCAGCAUCGGUCAGCUCCUGGGGAUUUUAAUGCAGAUGGAAAGCAGUACUGACGACGACGACGCCGCAACGCUGGAGAUGAAGUCGGACCUCCUGCUGACUCUUUCAGCUCUGUGUGAGAACGACAUGCACAGAAAGGAACUGUUUGGUUCUGAGGGAGUGGACAUGACGCUCCACUUCCUGAAGAGAGGCUGCGAUAAGUUCUACAGCGGUCUGGGUCACAACAAACUGGUCCUGUCCACAGUGGACUGUGUUUGGUCCUGUAUCGUGGGCUGCUACACCACAGAAGAUUUCUUUUUGGCUCGAGAAGGAGUUUUUCUUCUGCUUCAGUUGCUCGUUUCAAGUCCCAGAUGUGUCCACUGUACCGUUCUGGCCACCCUGCUGGAACUCUGCGACAACCCAAACACCCCGCCUCAGAUCCUGAGCUGGAGCGACGACACGGGCGUCACGGCUCCUGGACCCCUCCUGGCUCUCUGCGACAACCCAAACCCCCCGCCUCAGAUCCUGAGCUGGAGCGACGACACGGGCGUCACGGCUCCUGGACUCCUGCUGCAUCUGUGGAGGCAAGAGGAGGAGGAGCUGGGAGUCCAGAGGAGCAAACAGGGGGCGCUCACAGACGUCCAGAAGCCUCUGCUGACUCAGUACCAGGAGGACACGCAGCUGUCGUAUCCAGCUGACAUGCCCAGUGCAGCGGUGCUGGAUGUUUCUGAGAACCUGAGGUCAAAGAUUUACUCCAUCUUCUGCAAAAUAGGUUUUCAGGACCUUCCUGGACUGAAAACCAAAGACUACGUGACGUUGAGCAUCGUCAGGAGAUACCUGGACUUCAAGGUUGGUGAGGUGUGGCAGGAGAUCAGCAGGGAACUCGUUCUCGACGAGGUCCAGCCGAUCUCACCGGACGAGGAGGCGCUGUCCAACAUCUGCAGGACGGCCGAGGACAACGCCAGGAAGGUGAUGGAGGAGCAGAGGAGCAUGCUGGAGCGGCAGGAGCAGGAGAAAGUGGGCGAGGAGAAGCACAUGUACACAGAGAUGAAGACUCACUGGAGGCAGCAGGAGCUCACGGCAAAGACCUGGGACUCGUACCAGGCCAAGACGUCCAACUACGAAGCUCUGAAGAAAGUCAAAGCCCAAAGGAGAAAAAACGUAGAAUUGUUCAGACACCGACCAGGAGACGAGGAUCUUCGUCCUGAACAGCAUUUCCUCGGACACAUCGUCGCAGUGGAGAAGGGUUUAGACGGUGGUUCAGGUCCUGCAGGGGUGAGGGUGACUGUGGCCAGAACUUCGAUGAAGGGAGCAGAGCUGUGUCGCUCGUAUCCUCACCAAAACCACCUCCGUUGAUGAUGUCACUCCUCCUUCAGCAGCGUCGUCGGUUCCUGCUCAUUUUCUUCACCCGUAUCCAUCGCACUGUCCUCGUCUCUACAUCACCCCCGUCUCCCC